AUGUUGCGGGUCAUUGCCAGUCUGUCAGAGAUGCAGCAAAAAGGGGAUAUCAUGCGAGUAUGCAUUGUCAAAGCCCGGUUCCGGGACUCGAAAAAGGCGAUGGGUCAUCGCACCGAAUUCGAGGACAUUGUCCCAAAUGGAGAGAAGCAUCUUGAUAAUCCAAAUUUCGAGCCAAAAGAAGGGCUUGGGCUGCAGAAGAGCGUUAUCAGGCUUUACGUCGACGCCUACUUUGAACAUAUAGCGCCUCUCUGUGAAAAUGGCUUUAUUCACCGAGCUAUUUUCCUCCGAGCGUGGACAUCUGGAACCGUCGAUCCCGCCCUACUAAAAGCAGUAUGCAGUGCGUCGGCGGCAUUCAUGUGUACCGAGCCCUGUACAAUUGAAUUCAGAGAAAAAUGGCGGACUGAAGCAGAGGCAUAUGUUUGGUCAAAUAUUGGACGGCCAUCUAUGGCAGUACUUCAAGUUCUCGUGGUAGUGAUUUCCCAGAAUUGUGCAUUGUCUCGAUUCCUGGCUUUGCAGCCGAUGCUAGGCAUUGCCGCAAAAAUGGCAUACAUGCUCCGUCUGAAUCAUGAAAACCCGCAGCUAUCCUCCAUAGCUCGCGAAAUCCGGCGGCGUGUCAUGUGGUCCAUAUUCAUUUUGGACAAACGACUUGCGGCUGGACAGCCAGAUUUGAUCUCAUGUCCCAAGGAGCUAAUGCAUAUACAACUGCCGUCCAAUGAACGAAAUUUCGAACUCGCUAUUUCCGCCAGAACAGGAAAUCUAUUACCAGCACAGAUUGAUGAAAACGACUCCACAAGCCUGGGUACCAGAGCAUUCUUCUGCAAACUUUCCAAUAUUCGGCAUGAGAUUCUCCAGUGA